UCAUCCGUCAUGUCCUCAUACCUCUGGUUUCUUUCCAACUAUUUUCAUCGGUCAGCGCAGUCUGUAGAAGCACCCUUUUAUGCAUCAGUAUUCAUUCAUUCCUUAGUUAACAUUUUCUCACGGCCGGCCUUGACCUCCCUUGUCUGUUGCUUGCCGAUCACCAUCUCUUCCGUCCCCGAUAUCCUCCAUUAUGCCAUCCAGCCACACCUCCUCUAUGGAUAACAAUACCGGGAGCGAAGGCGGCUGGUCUGCUGGUCGUCCCCCGCACAACGAGAAGCCCUCGAGAGACGCCCGACUCGAUACAUUCAGAGAUGACAAGGACUACAAACUCGCCCACCAGGUUUACUACGGCGAACAGAGGCCACAGACUCUCGAGGCCAUGCUUGGCAAGCACUUGACCAAUCUGCCACGACCUACUACGAAUGGGCAUUGACGCCCCCAGAGUCCCGAUGAUACCCAUCUUCUGCCACCGCAGCCGUGUAUAUACACACCCACUCCUCUCCUGAACGACACUGUACCAAUAGAGUCU